CGCACCGCCUUUCCCCGCCUCAACAUGGCGUCGCCCGUUCUCUCCGGCGGGUGAAGCCGCGUUAGGCGGUGCCUGCCAGGAGCUGCCAACUUCCGCUGCUGGGCCAUUUCCUGGAGGGCAGCCCUUAAACGGCCCUCGCUGCGCCUGAAGGGCCCUUCUUCCCUGGCAUACCCGCGUCGGGAGCCUGCGCUGCUCAGCCCAGGCUGCGAGGAGGAACGGCUUUUGAAAGAGCUGAAGCCUUUCGCGGGGACCGUUUUUCUGACUGAAACCGCCGGUGCGGACGGGGUAACGGCAGGCGGCCCUCCCGGGUGGGCGCUGGAGUGGAGCCAGGACGUCCCCCGGGCCCGGCAGCCCACCCGCCCAGCCUCAGGGGGCAUGCGGGGGUAGCUUACGGCGGCAGCCAAACAGCGGUGCCUCCUCUGCCCACCGCCCAGUCCCGCUGGUCGCCGCGUAGCUGGCUUCAGACGGCCCCAAGAUGUUCAGCUGGCUGGGCACCGAUGACCGCCGGAGGAAGGACCCCGAGGUCUUUCAGACGGUCAGCGAGGGCCUGAAAAAGCUCUACAAAACAAAGCUGCUCCCCUUGGAAGAGCACUACAAGUUCCACGAGUUCCAUUCGCCGGCCCUGGAGGAUGCUGACUUUGACAACAAGCCCAUGGUGCUCCUCGUGGGACAGUAUUCUACUGGGAAGACCACCUUCAUCAGGUACCUGCUGGAGCAGGAUUUCCCAGGGAUGAGGAUUGGACCAGAGCCUACAACUGACUCUUUCAUAGCAGUUAUGCAAGGAGAUGUGGAAGGAAUUGUUCCUGGAAAUGCAUUGGUGGUGGAUCCCAAAAAACCGUUCAGGAAACUCAACGCCUUUGGCAAUGCCUUUUUGAACAGGUUUGUAUGUGCCCAGCUACCUAAUCCUGUGCUAGAGAGCAUCAGCGUCAUUGAUACACCAGGAAUCCUUUCUGGAGAAAAACAGAGAAUUAGCAGAGGUUAUGACUUUGCUGCUGUACUGGAAUGGUUUGCGGAGCGGGUUGACCGCAUCAUUCUCCUUUUUGAUGCACACAAGCUGGACAUCUCUGAUGAAUUCUCUGAGGUUAUUAAGGCCCUGAAGAACCAUGAGGACAAGAUGAGAGUAGUUCUCAACAAGGCUGAUCAGAUAGAGACUCAACAGCUGAUGCGGGUGUACGGUGCCCUCAUGUGGUCCCUGGGGAAGAUCGUCAACACUCCUGAGGUCAUCAGGGUCUACAUUGGCUCCUUCUGGUCCCAUCCAUUGCUCAUCCCAGACAACCGCAAGUUGUUUGAGGCAGAGGAGCAGGACCUGUUCAGGGAUAUCCAGAGCUUGCCCCGCAAUGCAGCCCUGAGGAAGCUGAACGAUCUCAUCAAGCGAGCACGGCUGGCCAAGGUCCAUGCCUACAUCAUCAGUUCCCUAAAGAAGGAAAUGCCCUCAAUGUUUGGUAAAGACAAUAAAAAGAAAGAGCUUGUUAACAACUUGGGAGAGAUUUAUGCUCGGAUUGAACGGGAGCAUCAGAUCUCAUCAGGAGACUUCCCUAAUCUGAAAAAGAUGCAGGACCAGUUGCAAGCCCAGGAUUUUAGCAAGUUCCAGCCUCUGAAGAACAAGCUGCUGGAGACAGUGGAAGACAUGCUGGCCAAUGACAUCGCCCAGCUCAUGGUGCUCGUACGCCAGGAGGAGUCGCAGCGGCCAAGCCAGAUGGUGAAGGGAGGAGCCUUUGAGGGUACCUUGCAUGGUCCGUUUGGCCAUGGCUAUGGCGAAGGUGCUGGUGAAGGGAUCGAUGAUGCUGAGUGGGUGGUGGCCAGGGACAAGCCCAUGUAUGAUGAGAUCUUCUACACACUUUCGCCUGUUGACGGUAAAAUAACUGGUGCCAAUGCAAAGAAGGAGAUGGUAAGGUCUAAGCUGCCCAACACUGUGCUGGGCAAGAUAUGGAAACUGGCUGACAUUGACAAAGAUGGCAUGCUGGAUGAUGAGGAGUUUGCUUUGGCGAAUCAUCUCAUUAAAGUCAAGUUGGAGGGUCAUGAGUUGCCAAAUGAGCUCCCUUCCCAUCUCCUCCCUCCGUCCAAAAGGAAAAUAACAGAGUAAAAGGAAGGUUACAGGGGAGAGGGAAGGGGGUAAAAAGAGUUAGAAAAACAUGUGUACUUAAGUUAUACCUUUAGAUGUGAGAUUACGUUUGGAUUUAUACCUAUUUUGCUGUAGGAAGAUAAUAACCUAAAGCAGAACAAGAGUCCAGUUCUUCUUCAUGAUAAUAUGCAAUUAACUCUUCCAGUGUAAUGUGCAUACUUCUAAUGUGUAGUCUGUAAAUAUGAAGGUAAAGACAGGAUGUUGAGACUAAAAAAAUCUCCUAAGCAGGAGUAGAAGAAAAACAGGAGUGGGCUGCAUUGUUUCUUUGAGAGGGGAGUAGGCACUAAGAGAAAAAUGUUAAACUGUCACUCCUGAGCUUUAGCUACACUUGCUGUUAAAUGGGUCUCACAAACUUCAGGAAACUAAGAUCCUUAUGGUGAAAAGGAAACCACAAGAUCUAUAAGCUAUUGGCCAAACUAAAGAGCACUUCCUAAUUAACAUAAGCCCACACUUAAAUACUAGAUAUUAAAUUCCAAAGGUAAGAAUUUUAGGAACCUUCAUUCUCUGUUAGAUGCAAAUUCAGAAGUAUUUCCCUGUCCUUAAAGAAAAAAAUAAAAUAAAAUCUGAAACAGCUCUGAACUGGACAGCUGGAGUUCCUCAUUGUUCACUGUGGGACAGGCACUAAGAAUUCCCAGUCACCUCUACCUCCCAUUCAAUCCCCGGGAGAUUAGUUCUGCAGGCAUGGCCAAGAGAACCACCCUCCCAAGGGUAACAGAAACAGGGGGAACUAGAGGCAGAAAUCAGGUGGGUUGUAAGGGAGGAACACAACUCCUAGGCUCACUGAAGGUUUCAAAACCAGUGGAUACUGUUUUCUCUUUGAGCAAUGGUGGUUUUUAUCAUUCCUAUUAAGUGAUGUGUUUACUAUCUCCGUACACAGCAAAAGCUACUAAGUCCUGUUCUUACUGUACAGAUUAAAAACCCAGACUGUCAGGUAGAUGGUCCAUCAUAAGAGCAGAUAACACAGUGGGGCAGUGGUCAGAGCUUGCUCUAUGGCCUGUGCCCCCACAAAUAUAGCUGAGGUGUUGGCAGCCUUCACCCACACUGAUCCCCUCCAGAACCUCUACCCUGAGCCAAGAGAACUUCCCCACCUCUUUCAUGCUCUAUGAGACUUCUGUUUUCAAGACCUUAUGUUGGCAGAAAGCCCUUUGUUUCCUACUUUGUUUCCCAAGCAUGCGUGCACACACACACACACACACUCACAGAGGCUCUUCUGGUUUCUGUUGUCUCUUUGGAGCAAUGUGUGGUUCCAGUUCCUAUUGUCACUUUAUAUAAGCUGAGCUCCUACUGUGAUGAAAAACAAAGAUGUAUAACUUAUUUUAUAUCUGUGUUCAUAUUAUAUAGAGAAAUAUAUUCUGUGUAUGUAGGAUGUGCUUAUUGCAGUACAUUUAUCUCUUGUCUUAAAAGUAAUUCAUUAACCUCUUUUGUACCCUGGUCCUAAAACAUUAUUAAAAAAGAAAGGCCAAAUCUGUCUAUUUCUUAGCAAAAUGAAAUGCUGCUGAAAAGGAAAAAGCUCAUUUCUACAUGCAACAGAAGGAGUAAAUCAUCCUUAGCACAUUGCCAAAUGCACAUGCACAGAUUAGCUCUGCUGGACUCAAAAGUGCACUGCUGAAUGACUGAUUAACAUCUGCAACAUCUUUCUCUUUUGGCAGUCUAAUCACAACUUCAAUACUUGAUGAAGCAAAUGGAGUUGUACCUACAAUGUUCAAUAUAGGGGAGAUGUAACAACCAAAUAAAUACUUAAUUAGGAAAA